AUGAUUCAUCGAAGUCGAAAUCUUCUUUCUUUGGACUCUGUUCGUAAACGUAUUUUUCAUUCGAAAAUAUCCUUCUCAACUGAAACCUGUCGGCAAAGAAAAGAUUCAUUUGAAACCGUCACAAUUUCAACUGGAAAUCACAAUGUUCAACCGUAUAAUGAUUGCCCUUCUUAUAAUCCUCAAAUCACCGUAAAAGAUCUUUUUCAAUAUUACUUUCAGUCUUUCAAUAAUUCAGCGUGGCUCGCUCAGCCUUCGAUCUAUUCAAUAUCAUUCAAUGAAUUACAUUCAUUGCUCUAUGGUUCUCAGACAAAAAAUAUCUAUAAAUCUUGGCCAAAUUAUCAUAAAAAAGUAUUUGAUGGAUCAUAUCCACAUACAUCAAUGACAACUGACUUAUUCUUGAUAAUCGCUGCAAAAAUCAAUAUUUCCAUACAUUUAGUUGUUGAAGUUGGAAGUUUCAUUGGCAAAUCAUCAUCGAACAUUGGACGUGCGAUACAAAUACAUCCCCAAUGGUCGAAACAAGUUGUUUUAUUGUGUAUUGAUACGUGGUUAGGUGGAGUUGAACAUUGGUUACAAUAUCGACAUAUGUCUGCUUUGGAAUAUGGAAGACCAACAAUCUUUGAACAGUUUCUUGCGAAUAUAAUCCACGCAAAUUUAACAAAUAUUGUCCUUCCUUUAUCAACAACUUCGUUAAUUGGAGCGCAGCUUUUAAUUCGACAUAAAUUAUUUCCGCAACUGAUUUAUCUCGACAGUGCACAUUUACAAGGUGAAACUUUAGUUGAAAUUGAGAUGUUUUGGGUUUUAUUACAACCUGGUGGAAUACUCAUUGGUGAUGAUUGGAGAUGGCGAUCUGUUCGUUGUGAUGUUCUUCGAUUUGCCCGAAGUAUCAAUGUUGUACCAACCGUCAUUCGUAAUACAUGGUUCAUCCAAAAAUAG